CUCCAUAUAAAGAAGGAAGAAAAGAGACACUUUGAAGACCCAGCCGACUGGGGACUGGAGAUUUUGGACACCAUCGUCCCUUCCCUGCAGGACCUAGGCAGGCACAUGAUGCACACGCUGCCCUCGCUGAGCAAGGAGGAAGUCUCUACCAUUUGGGGGAAUGUGUCAGAAUUUGUGGAACGGCAGCUAUCCCUACACAAGGGAGUUCAGAUUCCAGGACUUGGAACUUUCACUUUCACGAGACAAAAACUGGAGGUGGGAAACAACAAGUUUAUUCUAAUUCAGAGGCCCAUAUUUAUCAUGGUGGAGAAGUUAGUACAGACCCAUGGACUCAAACAAAACAAAGUACAUACUCCUGGUGAUAUCCCAGUUGUUCCACUUAAUUUUGUCAUGAUAUCCCUAGAGGGUCCAUUUAACAGAGAUACGGUGGAAAGAUGUGUGAAGGAGACGUCGCUUUUUUUAUCACGAUCCAUUUCCACCAAACAAAACGUGGAGUUUACAUUCAAAGGAAUUGGGGUCCUUGUGAUCAGAGGUGGCAAUGUGAAGAUGAGAUUUUAUAAGAACUUCCUUUUUACAAUGGAUGGAAGUGGGGCUUUGGCGAAAGCCCUAGCAAAUAGGCCUGACACUGUGGACUCAGUGUUGUCUAGCAGAGAAUCCUUGGGGAACCGGCCCAACAGCAUGCUUUCAUUUCCAAGGAUUGAGCUCAAGGAGAUGGAGAACAAACUGCCUAUGGAGACCACUGCAGAAGAAGGUGGACAGAAUGGACAAAGGAAGAGCAAGUUAAAAGACCAGUCAGACAAAGAAGAAGGCGUCCGAGAGAUCUUAUCACCCAAGGUAAUUCAAGAUAGACAAGCUAUCUCCCCCACCAAAGCAACAAAUGUCAGUUUCCCGUACAAACUGGAGCAGAAUGGGAGUGGUGGGAAGAAUAUGAACAUUGAAAGAUUACGAUCUCUGGGUGGUCUGAAAAAUUACAAUGAAAUGAAGCCUAAAAUUUCUCCAGCCACUUCUUGCCAGUAUCAUAAUAGGACAGGACAGGAAAUGUGUUAUGUAUGCUUGCAACGAGCACAGCGGAAUUUCCCAUUGUACUACGGUGAGGAGAGGAAAAGGAGAGAGAUGGAAGAUGAGCUACUCCUACAGCAGUAUCAGAUGCUGAAAGAUCAAGAGUCUGUCUUCAAAGAGCAGAUGCAAAGUCUGGCUAGUAGAGAACAGAAUCAAAAAAAUGCUGCUUAUAAUCUUGGAGUUGCUGAAGCCAUAAGAAUCCACAAGAAUGAGAAACCUGAAUUUCAUAAAUCCUUCUUGUUUGAUAAACGGCCACUCAGUCCUGAGAUUAAUGCUCUUAAGCAAGAGGAAUAUUCCCAAAGUCUCCUGAAACAAAUGGGUCACAGACGGGAAAAGGACAUAAAGCAAAGACAAAACAGAGAGAUGAUGGACCGCCUGGAACAAGUGCAGCUGACAGAGGAACUUGCUGCACAAAGAGCCAAAUAUAUAAAAGAUAAGAUGGAAGAAACACAGUGUUACAAGAGAGCUUUGGAUGAACAGAUAAAGAACAAAUGCCCCCAGCUGCCCAUGUUUGAGCCAGACUCUUCUGAGCCUAUCUUUGGUAAGGAGGAGGGUGAGCCGAUGGUGGAAAAGCGAAAGAGAGAACAGAAUUACAUGAAGCACCAGGUGGAGGCAGCCGCUAACCGCAAGAAGACAGCCAUCUUGCACCAGCUGGUGGACCAAAAGUGGGAUUUGUUGAUGCUUCAGAGGACACACAAAGAGCACUUGGCAGACAGAAAUGCUGAGCUUGAGCGAGUGAGCAGAAUCUACCAAGACUUACAGGAUGACUGGGAAAGGAGUGCUGUCUUGAAGAAGCAGCGGGACCUGGAGGAGAAGGCUUUCCAGCGGGCCCCCAGCAAGCUCUUCCUCCUGGACCAGUGUGAGAAGUAUCGGCGGUGCAAGCAGUGCCAGAGGCGACCCUCCAACGUGGGCAAGAGCAACGUGUGGCCCCUGAAUAAGUACAUGCAGGGCUCCCUGCUGUUUGUAUAAAACCCAACGUCUGGGCCUGCCUUUCCUAGGGAAAGUUUUUCUUUUUUAAACGUGCAGGGGUGAUGGUGAAACUACAUAUUUGUACUUUAGAGGAGAAAAAAUUAUUGUGCCAUUUGGGUGCUUUCAGGGGUAGAGGGAAUUCCUACAGACAGGUUCUCCCCAUCUGUCCUCCUCCCAUCCCGCCCCAGACAACCCUGCCGCAGUCAGGCCUGAGAGGCGCGCCCAGCUUCAUUCUGGCUGAGGGGGUGUUGCUGACCCAGCCCUGCCACUCCCUCUGUGACUUUGUCUAAGAAAGUUCAUCUUUUCCUCAUCUAUAAUGAAGUGUCGUAAUAAAUACUUUCUCCGUGUUUGGGCA